GCCGCCGGUGGGUCGGACGCGGGAGAGGGAGCCACAGCUAUUUAAAGGGAGUCUAACGGGGGAGGGUGAUGGAUAAAUAACCCAGGAUCCACAGCGCUGAGUAACCACUCUAAACAUCGCUACAUCACAUCCCGUUCUCAAGCUUCUCACGAUUCAACCUCCUCAGUCUCCGUGUCUAUCUACUAGUUAUUGUUGUUCAGAGAGGCAGAGAGAAGCGGUUCAGGGAUUUUCUUUCGCUUGUCGCCAUAUCAACUUCCUCAGAGGGGUUUGUCUCUUGUCUCUCCUCUCCUGGAUAUAUUUCCCCAUCAAACUAACAGGCAGCUUCCGUAGAACAGCGGCAGCUUCUCUUUGGCUACUGCGAGGGGCCGCUUCGGGGGAACUAUGGGGAAAGACUAUUAUAAAAUCCUGGGGAUAGUGAAAGGAGCGGCUGACGAGGACAUUAAAAAGGCGUACAGAAAACAGGCUCUGAAAUGGCACCCGGACAAAAACAAAGCGGCCAACGCCGAGGAGAAAUUUAAGGAGAUCGCCGAGGCAUAUGAAGUCCUCAGUGAUCCGAAGAAAAGGGAGAUAUAUGAUCAGUAUGGAGAAGAAGGUCUCAAAGGAGGUGGCGGCCCCGGCAACGGUCCAGACGGACAGGGCAGCAACUUCACCUCUUACACGUUCCACGGCGACCCCCAUGCUACCUUCGCCACCUUCUUCGGCGGCGCCAACCCGUUCGAGAUGUUCUUCGGCCGUAAGGCCAACGGACGCGGUCCAGGCGGCGGGGACGACGAGGACAUGGAGGUGGACGGCAACGACCCGUUCGGUUCGUUCACCUCGUUUAACCUCAACGGGUUCCCUCGGGACCGUCACGUGGGGAUUGGUGGGCAGCAGAGGAGGAAGCAGGACCCGGCCGUUCAUCACGAGCUGCGGGUAUCGCUGGAGGAAGUGUUUCAUGGUUGCACCAAGAGGAUGAAGAUCAGCAGGAAGAGGAUGAACCCUGACGGACGGACCAUGAGGACGGAGGAUAAGAUUCUCACCAUAGAGAUUAAGAGAGGGUGGAAGGAGGGGACCAAGAUCACGUUCCCCAGAGAAGGAGACGAGUCGCCCAAUACCAUCCCUGCUGAUAUCGUGUUCGUCAUCAAGGACAAGCCCCACAUGCACUUCAGAAGGGAGGGGUCGAACAUUGUGUACCCGGUGAAAGUCAGUCUACGACAGUCAUUGUGUGGUUGCUCUGUGACGGUGUCUACGAUAGACGGGAAGACGUGUAACAUGAAGAUCACGGAUGUGAUAAAGCCAGGCAUGAAACAGACUGUAGCAGGACAGGGCCUCCCCUUACCCAAGAACCCCGAGCAGAGAGGUGACUUGGUGGUGGAGUUUGACGUCAACUUUCCAGAGAACCUCCCCAGCAACGCCAAGGAUGUCCUGAAGAGGCAUUUACCUGUAUCCUAGAAGAACAGACAUGGAUACAGACACAGACACACCUGGACAACAGAAAGAAAGGGGUGACGUCAACAUGCCAGCUCUCACAAUCUCCUCUCUCUCUCUCUCUCUCUCUCUCAUCCUCCUCUCUCCCCUCUCUCUCUCUCUCAUCCUCCUCUCUCAUUCUCCUCUUUCUCUCCCAUCCUCCCCUCUCCUCUCUCUCUCUCAAAUUCAAAUUCAAGCUGCUUUAUUGGCAUGAACAACAUUGUGUCAAUAUUGCCAAAGCAACAAUGUAUACAAUAUGCAUUGUCACAAAAUUAUGAAUCUCAUCCUCUUCUCUCUCUCAUCCUCCUCUCUCUCUCUCUCUCUCUCUCUCUCAUCCUCCUCUCCUCUCUCUCUCUCCCUCUCUCUCUCUCUCUCUCUCUCUCCUCACACAUAAGGACAAUGAUGAAUGUUCACAGAUGAAACCCCUUUCUAAAUGAAUGUUGAUAUUAUUGAUAUAGGCUGAUGUUUUGUCUAUAUGCCAUGCAUGCAGUCCGAAUGAGUGUGUUGAUAUCUGAACAUGACUUAACUGUGUGGAUCCUUUCCACAUUCACCUCUCUUAUGUUUUCUAUGAUAUGGGAAAAACCUAUAGUCCCAAAUAGCACCCUAUUCCCUAUUUAGUCUCAAAUAGCACCCUAUUCCCUAUUUAGUCUCAAAUAGCACCCUAUUCCCUAUUUAGCCCCAAAUAGCACCCUAUUCCCUGUUUAGCCCCAAAUUGCACCCUAUUCCCUAUUUAGUCUCAAAUAGCACCAUAUUCCCUAUUUAGUCUCAAAUAGCACCAUAUUCCCUAUUUAGCCCCAAAUAGCACCCUAUUCCCUAUUUAGCCCCAAAUAGCACCCUAUUCCCUAUUUAGUCCCAAAUAGCACCCUAUUCCCUAUUUAGUCCCAAAUAGCACCCUAUUCCCUAUUUAGUCUCAAAUUGCACCCUAUUCCCUAUUCAGUCCCAAAUAGCACCCUAUUCCCUAUUUAGUCUCAAAUUGCACCCUAUUCCCUAUUCAGUCCCAAAUAGCACCCUAUUCCCUAUUCAGUCCCAAAUAGCACCCUAUUCCCUAUUUAGUCUCAAAUUGCACCCUAUUCCCUAUUUAGUCCCAAAUUGCACCCUAUUCCCUAUUUAGUCCCAAAUAGCACCCUAUUCCCUAUUUAGUCCCAAAUAGCACCGUAUUCCCUAUUUAGUCCCAAAUAGCACCCUAUUCCCUAUUUAGUCUCAAAUAGCACCCUAUUCCCUAUUUAGUGUGCUACUUAUGACCAGGGCCUAUAGGGCGGAAUAGGGGGCCAUUUGGAAAGUAACAGUAUAUAGUGUAUUAGAGGUUGACCUCUAUACUAUAUAAUGUAACACAACAUGUGGAGAUGUGAGAGUGGAGUUGUUUUGCCCCUUUUCAAACCUGCACAUGUCUGUCCUUUUAAUGUAUAUAAUGUAUAUCAUUUAUAAUGGCCUCAUUGCUCUGGGUAACAUUCGCAUGACAUUUCCUGACCCAUUAAGUCAGCGAGCUACAUCGUGGAAGCAAAGUACUGUACAUAUUUUCAUAAUAAACAUUUGUAACCCGACGUACUAGACAACGGGGAGGAAACCAGA